AUGCACACGAGAGAGAAAGGUCAAUCAAUGUAAUAUUUACGCGCGCAAACUUCACGGUGAAGGUUGUUUGUUAGGUUGUCGUACAUUUGCCACUGCCGUUUUUAUGAGUUUGUUGCACAGAAUAGCCUAAUUGUGCAACUUGGCAAUGAAAACAAUUUGGAUUCAAAAUCUUUUCUGAAAUUAGACUAUGAGUGUGUUAGAUUCAAGCCGAAGUGUAGAUAGGUGUUUAGCUCUUACAGUAGUAUUUGGUCGUCUAAUCCUUAAUCACGCUACUGGUCUUAUUUUGUGCCACAUUCUAGAAAGAUAUGUUUAAAGUCUUCGUAGUCUGGUACUACACUUUGGAGAGUUCACUUGAUACAUCACAUCUCAAAGUUUCAUGUAACCUCAGUAGAUUGCCAACUUGAAGUCAAGCUUGAAGUAUUAGCUGCCCUUCGUGAUUCUGUAAGAGGUGUUAGGCACUUUGACGUAGAAUGAUUAUCCUAAACGAAUAUGAUCUGAUCGCGGUUCGGGUUUUCAUAAGAUUGCUUGGUGAGACUAUAAUUUAUGGAUGACAUUGGAGCGACGCUAGACUAACCUUGAGAGUGUCCGCUUACAUACUAGGGCUAAAUGAGGGUUAUAAAGCAAUUUGAAGAAUAGGGAUUAUGAUUUACAGUUGAUGGUUUAGGUCAGGGAUUAGAUGUAGGGUUUUCGUCACGAAUUGACAUCAGCUAUACUGCCAAAACACUAAUUAGCCAAAUGGGUGAGUGAAUUUCGCGCCAAAAUCUAUGACUUGUUAUCGUAAAUCUGAUUGAUUCGUCCUUAAAUUAUAGUCUCGCCAAUAACAUAAUUAGCCGCUCACCGAUUGGGACAACACUUAGUACAUAGGUUUAACUUCACAAACAAGGAUAUCUUCUUAGGACCUAUUGCAAUUUCUGAAGAGUUGCGAUCACCCAUUGGAACGUGUGCCUUUUAAAGACUGAUAGUUGCGUAGAUAUGCUGAAUGUUUGGCUUUGGAAAUGGAGAGGCAACUAAAAAUGCUAUUCGGUUGAUGAAAUACUUGACUACUGUCACAUCGAUUUAGUACUAAAAUGUAUAUACAAGCUCAUGUUAUUGUAAUGCUAACAGUUGUUCUGUUAGUCUUAUUAUCAACGAACUGGGCUCCGUGUAACAUAUCCCAUGCAAACAACCUGGAGGGAAACGCGUCUGGAUUGUUACUACGAAGACUAGUCCAUCGCUUGUAGCUUAAAGUGGGUUGCCUUUAGGCGUUUACUACAUUUAGUGUGGUUCAUCAGUGCCUUAUAGCCUAUGUUUGCCAAAUAUUUUUAUGAUUAUAGUUCAUACACUCACCGAACGAUAUAUCUUUCCAAAAACCUUCUAGCCUUGUUAAGUAAAACGCCUCUAUGUGCUAAAACCUCCGAGUACUUUAGACUGUUCAUCAUACAUUUUACUACUGCUUCCUAUCUAUUCUAAUUUGUAGAAACUCGGAACAAUAAAUACUUAUUUUAUAUCACAAUGUUUCUUUAUAGCUGAGUUGAUUUAAAAUAGUGACUACUUCCCCUUCUACACUGAUCAUAUGAACCGGCCAGCUUAUAAAACCUCAGUAUAUCCAUGCAUAUAUAGCUCAGACAAGGUACAGUUGGUUACCAAUUGUCUACUCAGUUGCUGUGAGACAGUCUUAAAGGAUCGAGUAAUUAGGCAUUACAUCAUGUCAUCAAAACAAUGCUAGUGUGCUCUGGAACCACUAAAUAGUGUCGGAAUAAAGCCUAGAGAGUUUACAAAGCUUCCUAUCAAUCGGCUUUUUUUUUCUGCUUCACGUAUGCUGAUUGUCGCUCGUCGGCAACAAAUGUAGAAACUAUUUUAUUAGCACCUAUACUACAAAUAUUCUAAAUUACUCACCAAAAUCCUAUUCAAAUAAUACAUUUUAUCGUCUCACUGAUCCUUUGCAGAUGCAGUCUAUUAGUUCAGACAAAGAAGAUAUGGAAGAAGCUGAAAUGGAUCUUCCAGUGUCGUGUAGUUUUACUGAUCAAGCUAAGCAACGUGAAACCCACCAGAGAAAAAUUAAUAAGACUAUUAUUGGAAAUCGCAUAAAAACCAAAGCACUCCGCAAAGCUAAACGUAAUGUACGCAAACAAACAGACGGCUGCCAGUCUAGUGAAAUAGCUUGCCAAGAAAUCCAAUAUAUACCGCUGAAGGAUAAGGAAAAGUCAAAUGAAAAGGACUAUCUAGAAGAAGAAUUUAACUGUCCGGGAUAUUUUAACACAUCAGAUCAUCUUCAAUUUGGUGAAGACGAUGGUGAUCAACCUCCCAUACAAAAUAAAUCUCAAUCCUUGGACAUAUCAGCCAGCUCUUCACCGAACGAGAAUGAACUACUAUACGGCAACGAGUCCGAUGAAGGGUAUGAUGGCAGUGAAGAGCACGAUAAGAAUAAAUCAAAGACAAUACUUUUUGACAAUAUUGAUUCUUUUACAAUUAACACCUUGAAAUCCAAGGGAUCUGAUUUUGAAACACGAAAUCACAAGUCAUGGAAAAAAAUAAACAGGUUGAAUGGGAUUCAUGUUCGAAUACUGGAUAGCGCAAAUAUUGAAAACACGGCUCGUCAAAGAUGUGACAGUUUUCGAAAAAACCAAUUGUAUUCCUCUUCGUAUUCCGGGAGGUAUGGAGAUGUUAAGCGAGUCACACCAAGCUUACUGAGAAACUUAUCAAGAAAGAAGAAAGCUAGAGCUGGAAUGCGUUAACUAUUUGACUAGAAAUCCUGUAAAUAUGAUUUUUGUUUGUUCUGUCAUUAAUUUGGUAAUCGCUCAAUGACGCUAUUCGAUCUACUGCUUGUUUUUAGAGUAAACUGUGUUUAUGUAAUAUAAAGCGCGGUGAUACUUGUAUUUGAAUUAUUGCAGUAAACAUCUCACUUUCUGAAAACGUCUAGUCACUUUUCUUUAGGGAUGUAAUCGUAUUAAUCAUAGUGAGAUCUCCAUAAGCCCUAUCCAGAUAAAAGAUCGAAAUCCGCUUGCUGUGAUGUUUUCAUUCGAAAUUCAUCUCCCGCCUGACAACUGAGUUACUACCCAGUUGCUGUAUGAAAUUCAUUUUGUAGAGUUGUUUCGACAUAGCAACAAGUGGACAAGAAAAUACAUAAUAGACCUGGUUCUUCGUGCGCUGGACAACAUCUCAAUCUCUACAGGGAGUGAUGAUCUGCUAGAGAAGUUCACCAGCAACUACCACUCAAUCCAUGCUCUUAGUGAACCUUUGGCAAGUAAACUCAUCCGUUCAUGCCUCGAAGCAUCGGAAGACAUAUGCGCACAAGUGAUGAGUUCAAUCGGUGCUAAUGACGAAGCUACAACGUCAGAAUCCAUUGUUAAUACAGACCAUAGCUAUGCUUCUUGAUAACAAGAAGUUCUAAUAUUGUUAUCUUUUUAGUUUUACAUAAAUUCAUUUAUAUGGCCACUGACUUAUUCUUAUAGCGUAACGGCAGGGAGUGUAUUGUGCAGUAUUAUGUGGCUGU